GCAAAGCUCGGCACUUUUCUUUUUUUGUCAGAAUGAGGAUGGCAUAAAUUGGAGCAUUCGUUGCAGCGACCCCUCCAUUGGUUUGCAGUAUGCUUCGUCUGUAUCUCCUCGCAAUCACAUCGCUCAUCUGUAUUACCCGCGCGCAGCAGCAUAACGCAGAACCUACUGUCAAAGGGUCGACGGAUGGCGGCUGGCAAUCGUUCCCGGAUGUUGGGGAUGCUACUGCGUAUCCUGAAUGGGUCGUAAAUAAGGGUAUGGGAGCGUAUAUGCCUGUAUAUCAAACUGCUGGCCAGAAUGCGACUCAAGUCACACGCGCAAUUAUUGUUUUGCAUGGCAAGGAAAGAGCUUGUUGGUCUGAUUGGAACUCGUUAAACAAUGCGCUCUACAAUGCGACUUACAAUGACCCUACUAUCAAACGCGAGCAUAUAUCCAUCCUGGGACCAUGUUUCUUCACGGAAGCUGAUCUGAAAGGAGGUGCCGCCAAGGACGGACAGCUAUUAUGGGGAACGACGACGUGGAUCAGCGGUCAUCCUAAUAUCGCGCCCGACUCUGUGUCUGGUUUUAGCAGCUUUGACGUUCUUGAUGCGUUAGUCGCAUAUUAUAUGGAUAAAAGCGUGUAUCCGAAUUUGAAGGUUCUCAUUGUUGGAGGUCACUCAGCAGGCGGUCAAACGACUCAGCGCUACGCAGCUCUCAGGAAAUCGACUAAAAAUGAUGAUCGAUUGCAGUUCUGGAUCGCCAAUCCCGGCUCUCUCUGCUGGCUAACUUCGGACCGUCCAUUUCCUGACGAUAGCUGCCAAGGCGUUGACGAAUUUAAGUACGGGCUGGAGUCGAAUUUUCCCGCGUAUGCAGCAUCGAACGCGCUCUCUCUUGGAAGGGAAGGUAUCAUUAAUAGGUACCACAGCCGCGCGCUUAGUUAUGCUUGGGGCCUGAAAGAUGAAGGAAACGGGGAUACCCGAUGCCAAGCAGAGGUAAGUUGUCAUUUGUCUCUGGUUGCAAUAGCAAUCAAUGUUCCGCAGACGCAAGGAAGUUCGCAUAUAGCAAGGGGAAAACAAUUCGUGGCAAUGCUGGAGAAUAUGGGCGGUAUACCUAAUCUCACUACGGUCGAUUGGGUACCCGGUGUGAGCCAUAAUACCGCAGGAAUGAUGGCAAGCGAUGCCGGAAUCGAUAAGGUAAAGAAAGUCAUAUAUUGAGGUCAUCGCUGUUAACUGACAGCUGGAAAGCUAUUCCGAUAUACAGGCAAUCGCACUUGUGCUUAACGGCACCUAGUUAUUUCAUAAAGAAAAGGGACCGGAAUUUGGUAG